CAAAAUCUAUAGAUUCAGUAUAUGUGAACGUCUCGUAGAGUUAACAACUUGGCUUAAAUUAUCAGUAAAAAUUAUCUGUGCUUGCAUAACUUGUUUGGAACAAAAUUUUUAUAACUUUCGGAAACUAUUUUUUUUCGGCACUCAAGGUGUAGUAGUAGUGAAAAACCAUGUUUGGGGUUUCGCGCCAGUUGUUCCGGAUUUGUAAAAAGUCUCCGGUGUGCCGACGACAUGUGGCCGAGGUGAUGCGCCGGUCCUACGCCUCGCAAGCCAUCAACCAGAUGCUGUUGCUCCAGCAGAUGGAGAUGUGCGCAGAUCAGCCCUCGCGAGCCUUGGUCAUUGGUGUCUACGCUGACGAAGAGGAUAAGAAUGAUGCCGGUAUCCUGACGCCAGCCGGCUGGCGGUUCAACCUUCAGAGGACCCACGGCAGGCUGAUAGAGGUGCUCCGGAUGUCUGGACCCAUGCCCCGACGAGGUGAAGCCCGUCUGUUGUUUGCCAUCGAGCCGGAGCGUAUUCCCUACUACUCUGUGGUUGCCGUCGUCGGUCUGGGUAAGGAGUGCCUGGGCUACAAUCCCUACGAGGUCUUGGACGAGCAGAAAGAGGCCAUCCGACGAUCGGUUGCCGCCGCCUGUCGCAUUCUCGCCGAAUUGGACACCGACCGGAUUGAGGUCGAGAACUGUGGCCACGCCGAAUCUGCGGCCGAAGGAGCUGCCCUGGGCAUCUGGCUAUACCAGGAACUGCGCGACCCCAAGACCCGCAUUUUCGUCCCGGCCAUCGAUCUGUAUGCCACCAAGGACGAGAUCUGCGACAUUGAAGGAUGGCGUAUUGGUCUCCAAAAGGCUGCCGCGCAGAAUCUGACCCGCCAGCUGCAGGAGAUGCCCUCCAACCUGCUAACUCCCACCGCUUUUGCGCAAAACGUCGUCGAGGUGCUCUGUAAAUCCGGAGUUAACGUCGAGGUCAAAGUAGAGGGCUGGGCAGAGAGCCAGUCCAUGCACGCUUUCCUGGCGGUGGGAAAGGCUUCCUGCGAGCCCCCAAUUUUCCUAGAGCUGAGCUACUAUGGCACGUGUGCCGAGGAAAGGCCCAUCGUGCUGGUGGGCCAGGGCAUAACCUACGACGCGGGUGGCCUUUGUCUCAAGAAGAAAGGAGAACUGUUUCACAUGCGCGGUGACAUGACCGGAGCGGCGGUGGUUGUGGCCACAUGUCGGGCGGUGGCUGGACUCAGGUUGCCGGUCAACAUCCGCGGUCUAAUUCCUCUGUGCGAAAACGUCGUUGGCUGCAACUCCUUCCGGCCCGGCGACAUGGUCAAGUCCAUGAACGGCAAGACCAUCGAGGUCCAGUGCACGGACCACGAGGAUGUCCUCGUGCUGGCCGAUGCUCUGCUCUAUGGCCAGAACUUCUGCCCCAAGUGUAUCAUCGAUAUCGGCACCUGCUCUGGAUACAUGCGGCAGUCCCUGGACGAGGCCGCCUGCGGUGUGUUCACCAACUCUGAAAUCUUGUGGCAGCAGAUCAAGCACGCAAGCAUGCACACUGGUGACCGCGUGUGGCGUUUCCCCCUGUGGAACUACUACAGCAAGGCGGUGCGAGCGGGACAGCGCAGCGAUGUCCAGAACUACGGCAUUGGACGCGGAGGACGUCCCUGCAAGGCCGCCGCCUUCCUGCGAGAGUUCGUACCCUGCGGACAAUGGAUGCAUAUUGACGCCACCAACGUGAUGGUCACCAACGGCUUAGACUUCGAGUACCUGCGCCGCGGCAUGGCUGGUCGUCCCACGCGGACCCUGGUAGAGUUUAUUGCCCAGACCAUAUGCAAGGACACCGCCCCCAAGAUGGGCAAAUAGUGUGAAAGGAGUGUGACAAGGGGAUGCCGGAGUGGCCGGCCCCAAUAACUAGCUACCAGCACGUCGAAAUUUUUAGUGAAUUAUUAGUCGGUUGUUUCAGUUCCUUCAAAAUUGCAAGCGAGAUUGUUCCUAGGCCCCAAAAACAUACGUUGUUCGUUUACAGUGAUCGAAUAAUUAAAAUUAUUUAUCUUCGGGCAUUAA